CCUUUACUCACUCAGUACUGAGCUGUGCCUAAGCUGGGAUUGAUGGAGAAUCCAAUUUAGGAAAACACCCUCUGAUGAAGAAAGCCUGAAGCAAAGAGGAGUUUUUGCACAGACGUUUCCAAGUGUGACGGGCACAACAACACCAGGACCCUCUCUGGGAGGGCUCCUGUGGCACUGCAGACCUGCUGGCAUGAGAGGGAAGCCCUGAUUCAGCCCUGAGCAUUCGAGCUGGCUGUGGUUGAGGAUUAUAAGAGCUGUUUUGAUCAGGGGAAAAUUUCUGUUUUUAGCACAGGCAGCAAUUAAAAUAGCUCGCGAAUCUCAACGCCUCGGGGAGCUGUCAUAAAAGAAGGCAGAAAAUCCUUCUUCUGGACUCCUCUGCAGCCAGACAUGAGCCUGGAGGCAGCAGAGGAGAAGAGAGCUUGAGGUUCACCUGGUGAAGAAGGACAACCUCGAGCCAGAUCCGCUGCUUUGAUCCCGAGAUGGCUGUGGAGGAUCUCCGGGCUUCCAGCACCCCCUUCUCGCUCUCCUUCUCGGGCAGCGGCUUCCUGGCGCUGUACCAGGUUGGGGUGGUGCAGUCCCUGCUGGAGUUGGCUCCCGAGCUCCUCAAAUCUGCCUGCAAGGUCUACGGCUCCUCAGCCGGGUCACUCAUCGCUGCCGCCGUCGUGUGCGGCGUCGGCCUCGAUGACCUAAAGGAGUUUUUCUUUGCACUGGCAGCAGAAGUCAGGAAAACCAUCCUGGGCCCCCUCUCUCCCAAGUGCAGCUUGCUGGCCAACCUCAGGACUGUCCUGCAGCGGAUGCUGCCGGAGGAUUCCUACCUGCUGGCCUCGGGGCGGCUGCACAUCUCGCUGACACGCGUGGUGGACGGCCAGAACGUCAUGGCCUCAGAGUUCAGCUCCAAGGAGGAGCUCAUCCAGGCUCUCCUCUGCAGCUGCUUUCUUCCAAUUUACUGUGGAUUCAUCCCUCCAUCCUACCGAGGAGUGCGCUACGUGGACGGAGGCUUCACGGGCCUGCAGCCCGUGUCCAGCCUGGAGGAGCCCGUCAUCACCGUGUCCCCGUUCACCGGCGAGCUGGACAUCUGCCCCCGCGACUGCCCCGCCAUCUUCUUCUGCUUCCAGAUCUUCAACGGCAGCAUCCAGAUCUCCAUAGAGAACCUGUGCAGGAUCAGCUACGCUCUCUUUCCUCCCAGCACCAUGGUCUUGAACGACAUUUUCUCCCAGGGGUACCAGGACACUGCCCUUUUCCUCUCGGUGUGA